UCGUGAUCAGACGUUCUAGUUGUAGGAAUUAUUGAAACAAGCACAACGAUAUCUCAGAAAAUUUGCCGAUGGUUUACUUGCUGCUGAUAGCGGCGGUGACGCUGUUGUUGAUUUUCGUGAAGCAACGCUACAACUACUGGAAGGUGCGUGGCAUUUCCUAUGCCGUUCCCCAAUUUCCAUUUGGCAAUCUUUGGGGCGUUGGCCGUCGGCAGCAUUUGGCCCAAAAGCUGAGAGAUGAGUACGAAAAGCUGAAGGGAAGUGGGUUGAUUGGGGGAAUAUUUUUCUUCAUCCAACCCGUGGCGAUUGUGUUGGAUUUGAACCUGGCUAAGAACAUUUUGGUGAAGGAUUUCAACUACUUCUAAGAUCGGGGUUUGUACUACAACGAGAAAGAUGACCCGUUGACGGGACAUUUGUUCCUAUUGGAUGGGGAAAAGUGGAAGAAUUUACGUAACAAAUUGACGCCAACGUUUACCUCCGGCAAGAUGAAGAUGAUGUUUUCGAUCGUGAAUGAAGUUGGAGAUGAGCUGAAAAAAUGUAUCGGGAGAGAGCUACCACAGAAUGGGGAACUGAACAUGAAGGAGUAUCUGGCAAGGUAUACUACGGACGUUAUUGGAAACUGUGCCUUUGGGCUGGAAUGCAAUAGCUUACAAGACCCCAACGCUCUAUUCAGAAGCAUGGGUCGCAAAAUUCUCGAUACGAACCCAUUCCUGUUUAUCAAAAUUCUGCUAGCUUCUCAGUUUCGACCUCAAGCUCGCGCUCUGGGAGUGACUGUUAUCAAUCCAAAAGUUUCAGAUUUCUUCCUCAAGUCUGUGAAAGAUAACGUCGAAUAUCGGGAGCGGAACAACAUCGAAAGAAACGACUUUAUGAGCUUGUUGAUCAAGUUAAAAAAUGAUGAGCCCCUGGAACACGGAGCAAUGAAUACUUUAGGCAAAUUGACUCUGGAAGAAAUAGCUGCUCAAGCAUUUGUGUUUUUCUUUGCCGGAUUCGAAACGUCUUCCACAAUGAUGUCAUUUUGUUUGUACGAACUUGCUCUGAACCAAGACCUUCAAGAUCAAGCUAGGGCUGAUGUUCGCGACGCCCUCAAACGACAUGGAUCAUUUUCGUAUGAAGCUGUUCAUGACAUGAAAUACUUGGAAAAUUGCUUAAACGAAUCACUCCGUAAGUACCCACCGGCUUCAAAUGUGUUCCGGCAAGCCACCAGGGACUAUAAAAUACCCGGAACCCCAACGGUCAUCGAAAAAGGAACCUCGGUUAUGAUCCCGACCUACGCCAUCCAGCAUGACCCGCAAUACUAUCCGGAUCCGCAACGGUUCGAUCCCGACCGAUUUAAUCCGGAUCAGGUAGCAAAACGGCACCCCUUUGCUUUCCUUCCAUUCGGUGAAGGUCCCCGGAUAUGCAUCGGGAUGCGGUUCGGGAUGAUGCAAAGUCGAGUAGCGAUGGCCAAGCUGCUGGACAAUUUCCGUUUCACACUGGGGCACACCUGCUCUGGGAAGGCGGAAAUUGAUCCCGCCAGUCCCAUUUUCGCCAUCAAAGGUGAUAUGUUGUUAAAAAUCGAAAAAAGCGUCGUUCAGAUAACGUUAAUUCUUAAACCCAGCAAAUUGUUAAAAAUGUGGAUAUAUUUACUUAUCCUCACGCUCACCUUGGCUGCUUUAUGGGUGCGCAAAAGAUAUUCCUACUGGAAGGAUCGAGGAGUUCCUUAUGUGAAACCGAUGUUCCCCGCCGGAAAUCUCCGUGGAAUGGGACGGAAAGAGCACAUUUCCGCACUAAUGGAAAGAUGCUAUCGGCAGCUGAAACGCAGUGGGAAACCCUUUGGAGGAAUAUUCUUUUUCAUUAAUCCGGUGGCUUUGGCGCUCGAUUUGGAUUUUAUAAAGCAGGUUCUAGUGAAGGAUUUCGAGUACUUUCCUGAUCGAUCGGUGUAUAAUAAUGUGAAAGACGAUCCCCUUUCAGGGCAUCUGUUUGCAAUGACGGGACGCAAGUGGAAAAAUCUCCGAGCGAAACUUACCCCAACAUUUACCGGGGGCAAGAUGAAGAUGAUGUUUCCGAUCAUAACUGGGGUGGCUGAUGAGCUCGAAAAACUCAUGUUUCAAGAAGUAGCUAGGGGAGAGGAUAUUGAAAUAAAGGAAAUUUUGGCACGAUUCACCACUGAUGUUAUUGGCAGCUGCGCCUUUGGAUUAGAAUGUAACAGUUUGCAUGAUCCGGAUGCUGAAUUCAGGCGAAUGGGAAAAAAGGUUUUCCAGUUCGGUACCUUGAAACUCUUAAAAAUUGUAAUAGCUCAGCAAUUCCGAACAACUGCCCAAAAAUUCCAUGUCACGACGACCGAUGAAGACGUGUCUCGGUUUUUCAUUGGAGCUGUGAAAGACACUGUGGAAUAUCGGGAAAAUAAUAAUAUCCAGCGAAAUGAUUUCAUGAGUUUACUGAUCAAACUGAAAAAUUCCGAACCAAUGGAAGAUGGUUCGUCCUAUGCGGAUCCUCUGUCUAUAGAAGAAGUAGCUGCUCAAGCGUUUGUCUUUUUCCUAGCCGGAUUUGAAACAUCAUCCACUACCAUGACAUUCUGUUUGUACGAGUUAGCACUCAAUAGAAGUCUUCAAGACCGGGCUAGAAAGAGCGUUCUGGAUUCUCUUCAAAAACACAACGGCUUGAUGACUUAUGAAGCUGUCCAGGAUAUGCACUACAUCGAUCAAUGUAUAUAUGAAUCGCUUCGCAAAUACCCACCAGUAACCGUCUUGAGUCGUUACGUGGCCCAGGACUACAGGGUACCGGAAUGCAACGUAACGCUGAAGAAAGGUUCCACAUUGAUUGUUCCGGUGCACGCAAUUCAUCAUGAUCCAGAGCUCUAUCCCGAUCCGGAGAGGUUCGAUCCGGAAAGAUUCGCGGGACCCGAGUCCGCUCAACGUAAUCCGUACAGCUUCCUGCCGUUUGGUCAGGGGCCCCGGAUUUGCAUCGGAAUGCGCUUCGGAAUGAUGCAGGCACGCGUUGGUUUGGCCACGAUACUCCGGGACUUCCGGUUCACUCUGUCCAGCAAAACUCCGGUACCGUUGAAAAUGUCGCCGAACGUACCGGUGCUAAGCUCGGAAGGUGGCCUGUGGUUGCACGUGGAAAAGUUGUAAGCUUCACGUGCGCCAAGCGGUAGUUUUGACGCGACUACUCGGUCAUUAAAUUCUAUGUGUGAUUCAAUGUGUUUGCUGGUUAAAUUAUCAGGCGCCUUCAUAUGGCGUUGAUUUAUGGAGUUGUGUAGAAGCAGAGGGUUAAACGGUAGUGAGUUAAAAAAAAAA